GAGAGGCAAGGAGAGAGAAGAACACAUUAACACAGAGAGAGAAAGAAGAAAGAUAGACCACCUCACUUUCCUCUUUCACCAUUUUCCUCCUUCUUCCUCCUCCUUCUUCUUCUUCUCCUGUCUUUCUCUCUCUACCAUGAAUUCAAGCAAAACAGAGGAAGAAGACCUCUUCCUCCCGGACCACCACCAGAUCCCACCUUCCACCACCACCACCACCGCCACCACCUACCCCUCCACCUUCUCCCUCCUUUUCCCUCCAUCCCCAUCCCCUUCCCACUCCCCUCCAUCUCACUCCAGCUCAGACCACUCUCCCCCGCACUCCCCUCGGCCCCAAGCCCAAGCCCAAGACCAAGACCAAGACCACCACUCCAAAACCCUAUCUUCCUCCUCCUUCUUCAUCUCCCCUGAACCCCACAUCUCGUCCCAAUUCUACACCUUCAACCCCGAAUCCCACUCCCUCAUGAUCCGCUCCCUCCUCCACCACCGCCUCCCCUCCGCCGCUGAGAUCGUCGCCGCCACACCUCGCUCUGUCCUCAAAUCCUGGCGCACCGUCUGGAAGGACCGAAACGAAGAAACCGCCUACCUCACAGCAUGGAAGCGAAUCCAAGACAAGCUCCAAACUCAUCUCGACCCUAACGGUAACCCUUUUCUGUGCUUCAAGAACAACACCAACCAGUUUGUUUCUCACAUUAAUCAGUGGCAAGACAUAGUUAUGUCCUCACAUGGCGACACCGAUCUCAGGCACUUUAGUUUGAAAGAGACCAUUGAGAGGAUCAAGCAAAUGUGGACCGUUGGAGCUAAAUUCUAUGGAAUUCCCGAGAGUUACAUUAGGGUUUGUGUUGCAGCUUGUCCGGUGUGCUCGUCGGGGGAAGGUGGUGGUGGCGGUGGUGGUGGAGCUGGCUCCAGGAGCAAGAGGAGAAGGUUUGAGUAUACUGAGAGCUUCGACGUGCCGGCAAAAGAGGUGCCUAGUAGGUUGCAGCAAUUGGCGACGAAGCACAAGGUUGUGUUGUGUAUUAGGCAGAAGUAUAUUAGGUAUAAGCCGUUUAUGGCGGAGGUGAAGGAUUAUGCGUGCCAUAGGGCUGGUGAGCCGGCAGCGAAGAAGUCCAAAGUUUUGAAGAGGGAGCCUUAUGCUUCUAAGAGGUGUGGGUGUGGGUUUAGGAUUAGGGCAAUAGUUCCAAUCACGAAUUACAAUGAGAAGGACAAGAGUUUUGUGUAUCAAGAGGAAGGGAUGGCGGUUUUUAAGCUCUAUGCCGUGCAUUCAGGGCACGAGCCGGGGCCUUUGGAUGGGAAUGCUAGGAUUAUGCAUAGGGUUGUUGGGCAUAAAGGAGGGUAUUUGAUGGAUCAGGAGAAUGUGUAUGGGGUUAGUGAGGACAUGGAGAGUGAAGGGUUUGGUUUGAUUAGGGGAAAUGAUGAUGGGGAUUUGCAGUUUUCGGUGUUGCAGCAGGUGCAGGAGUUGAGGACUGAGGUUGCAAUGCUGGAAGGGAAGGUUUCGAAGAUACCAGGCGAGUUGCUGGGAUCGGUUUCAAGGGAGUUGUUUGAUAUUGUGAAUAAGAUUAGGAGUAUAGGGGAAAUUGAGGGGUUGAAGCCUAUUGGGUUGAUUUCUGAUAAGUCGCACGAGGAUGAUGUCUUGGUUGGGGAUAAUGAUCUCACAAAUUGGAGUAAUCACCAUGAUAGGAUCUAUGGGGAUGGCAAGGAUACUGAGCUGAUUGAGGAUGAUGAAGAUAGUUUCGGCCGCACUUUGGGGGAAGUUGUUUCUUGGGACCAUAUGAGAGCAGAUUGUAGGAGUCAGAAAGAUCUUAUAAGCGAUAGUUGCAAGCCUGAGAAGUGGUUGAAGUGCAGUGAUUUUGAUGAGAAAGGCAUCCUUGAUUGUGAGGAUACUAAACUAACCAAGCCCAUGAGGCAUGACGAAUCCAUAGUUUCGGAUGUAGGCGGCCUUAGCUGUAUACAGGUCGAUAGUUUCUAUCAAGACAAUACUAAGUGGUAUGAUUCUCCUUGUGGCUUGGAUACUGGUGCUGAUUGUGGAGAUAGUGGAUUCUGUCAUGAAGAGAUUUUAUAGCUUUCCAUGUACAUCAGAGUUAAUCCACACUAACUUAGGGAUCACCGAUCAGAUUCCACUGAGGCUAUUUAACCCCCUUUCCAGCGAAACAGAAGUGGGAUUGUAUAUUUAUGUAUACAGAAGAUUGGAGCCGCUCACAUGCUUUUAGGUGUAUUUAUUAGUGUGGUUCUGUAAAGUAUGACCGGUUUAUGCUUCUUUUUGCACAUAACUUCAUUAUGAGUAUGACUAUAUCUGGUAACCUUGUUUUUGGCCUUCAGUUUUAUAAUGUUGGUCCUUAUAUCA